AAAGGCAACACGGUAAUAUUAUUAUCGCGAUAAUGAGAUGAAUUUGAAUUUUGGAUUAAAAAAGUUUUCAGCUUUUGCUAAAUAAAAUUGUUCUGUUAUAAUUUAAUUUAUUUAAGGUUUUAAAUUAAAUCGAUUUUCAACAUGAGUGACAGCAAACUAGCAGAAGCUCGUGAACAUUUGAAAGAGGCUGAAAAAUGCCUGAAGACUGGUUUGCUGAAAUGGAAGCCAGAUUAUGAAGGUGCUUGUAUUGAAUAUGGCAAAGCAGCUAUUGCAUUUAAAAACGCCAAGUCGUAUAAUGAAGCCAUAGAUUGCUACCUCAAGCAGUUAGAAGCUGAAAAGGCCCAUGGAUCAUUGUAUCAAGCCGCAAAAGCGGCAGAGUCGGCAGCCAUGCUCUGCAAGGAGAAGGGAGAUUUCAUAAGAGCAGGUGAUCUCGUGGAGCAGGCGUCCGAACUCUACCUGGAACAUGGAGUCGGAGACACAGCCGCCAUCAUGCUUUCCAGGGGUGCCAAAAUGCUGGAGCAAGCAACACCUGAAAAAUCCAUUCAGCUUUAUAAGAAAGCCUGCGAUGUAGCUGAGGCGCAAGAUAGAAUGAAGGAAUGCACGGAGAAUAUAGGCAGGGCUGCAAGGGUAUGCAUUAAAAUCAAAAAAUUUGACGAUGCAGCCAAAUACAUAGGUCAAGAACUGGACUUCAUGUCCCGAACGAACCACGGGGGAGUCCUCAACAAGCUGGUCAUGGGGUUGGUCCUUGUCCAUCUUCACAGAGAGGACUACGUGGCUGCUGAUCAGUCAUUCCAGAAAGCUCUCAGGCAGUACACGGGUUUCAGAGAUAGUGAUGAGGCAGGCCCGAUAGAAACAUUCCUUGAGGCGUACAAUGAUGGGAACGGUGAGAAGGCUGAAAGUAUUGCAAGGGGUUCACUCUUUGCUUAUAUGGAGAAUGAGUUCACGAAAUUAGCCAGAGAUCUCAAAUAUCCUAAAUCAUCAACUACACCAGCUACAACUUCUGCUAAGGAUUCUAGUGCAGCAGCUGGUGGUGGAGGUGAAGAGGAAGAUAAGGAUGAGUAUGAUGGUGGAUUAUGCUAAGCUAUUACUGAACUUUUCGUUGGUGAAUAAUUAAUUGAAUUGAUUGAAUUGUCAUAAUUUUGAAAUAUAUAUUUAAUCAAUUAACCUAUUUACUGGCUAAUUAGAUUAAUAAUUUUUUUGUAUAUAUUAAUAUGUAUUAUUAUUAUUAAUAUUUCUGUCAAUGUUAUUAUAUCGAUCAAUUGUUAAUGAACGUAUUGAAUUGUUAUUGAAUAUAUAUAUAUAUAUAUAUAUAUAUAUAUAUAGAUAUAUAUAUAUAUAUAUAUAUAUCAAAUUCUUUUUAUUCAAUAAUUUCAAAUAAUUUAUGCAACAAAUAAUGACAUAAAUAGAAUUUGUAUUCGGAGCAUUUUUAGGUUUUUUUAUUAUCUCAUUUAAGAUCUUCCAAGUUUCCUGGCUAUUGCUUUUAGAUAUUAACAGCCUAUCAUGGUAAUAUUCUUAUUUUAACUUUACUUUACAUUUAUUAAACAGUUUAUUGUAUAUUUUAAAAGUUUCUAAAUUGGCGGCAGUUGGUUUUUUUUUCAAAAAUUUAAUGUAGAGACGUUU